AUGGAUAACGAGACUCCACCAUCGGAGAAGAGGGAACCGCAAUCGUUGUUGGUUGCCUCGCUGGCUGGAUUGGACUAUACCGACGAAACGCUCCUUGUGCAAACUUUGCAACACUUGAUCGGGGAUACUUGCCAUGUGCAGUUAUGGCACCCUCCUAAAGUUGGCAUGCCACAGCCGUUCUACGAGAACAAGGGACAGUGGGAUAGCAAAGCCAAUAUCUAUGGGCUGGCAAUUCUGGCUCAUCGCGAUGGCAGGUGUAGCUUCCUUCUCGCAGAUAGGAUGACGAGGCGCCAGUUGAAAGGUGACCCAAGACCGGGAGAGAGUCCAAUACUCUCGGUGGUGAUGGUUGGUAUUCGAUUACCGUCGAGGAUGUUAAGAACCCAGCCCAGACACGCAGAAAGCGAAACGAGCGAACACAUUCGUGUCAUUGCGAAGCGGCACACGAUUUGGCCAACGGAUGUCGGGACUCUACCGAGUCUACUGGAUACAUUUGAGCUCUCGUAUACGUUUCUCGGAGGCAAUAGCAUCGAUAUUACGACCCGAUUAUGCAACUAUGGCCUCGAACUUCAUGACCCCGAUCAUGCAGUUCUUCUCCCCAAUACGGCAAUGACAACGGGGCGCGAGCGUUUCGAACAAGAGACAAAAACUGCAUUGUUGCAAUCGACGCCACUGCCCGCCGAGCUAGUCGUCAGCAUCGUCUCCAGUCUCGAUCAUCGAAGUCAACCUUGUUCAGUUCCGGUGAAGAUUCAACCAGAGGGUCUUGUCAUCUUCCUCACUUUUCCUACGACAAAAGAGCAAAGAGAUCUGAUACAGUCAAGUCUACAGCGAGAGGCAUACAGUUGCUUGGAAAGGAGGACCGGGAGUCCAACAAAGCGGAAGAGAGAGCAGGAGCACGCCGACAUACAAGUUCAAUUGAUUCCUUGGAACCGGAAAUCUGAUGCAACGCGGCGGGACUUGGAAUAUCAUUGGAAAGAAACCCAUGAUCGUGCUAUAUGUCCUUUGAAUUACCUACUCGCACCAAUCACACCCGGCUCGCGCCAGUUGUUCGCAUUUGACGGUGCUCAAUUCGGAUCGAUCUAUCAUGGCAAUGACGGGUUUGUCCUCAUGGCGCGCAACACCCUUGACCAAAUGAUCAAGGCCAAGUUGAAUCAUUCCAACGGCCGUCUGGGCAAGAUUGCACAGCUGCAAGAGGGUCUGAAAGACGGGACCUUGCCCGAAUCGAGUCAAGUGGAGUUCUUGAUUGGACCCGAUGAACCUUUCUAUUAUAAUCCUCCCCCGUGGGAACCGGUGAAUGGAGAGGGACUCAUUUCGUUUGCCGUCUUCUUCUUGAUUAAUAAAUUCCCGCAUGAUAAUAUCCUUGCAUUGAAGACGGAAUUACACACGGAGGACGCACGGCUCGACGGUCAAAAGGCGUGUUGUUUCGUUCCCUGGGAAGAGGGCAACCAAAAUGCUCCCGACGGGACUAUCGACGAUAUCUGGAGGAUCUUCUGGGAAAUACGACAGUGUACUUCUUGCCAGAUGCCAAUAUUCUUCAUUGAUGAGCAGUCCGGCGUCGAUCAGACAGUCCUCAUGGUGGACACGGAUCAUUAUAUCUGGCCACAGGAUGAUGAACGAGCGACCGAACUGUUGAGAGAUGUUGAGGACCCUUCAAUUAGAGGUCUUCUAUAUGGUCGGAUUAAGGGGCGUGAUGCCCACGAUGGUCAUCUCAACUUGAGUAUGGGAAAUUUGAAUUUUGACGAAUUUUUGGAAUUUAGCGGUUCGGAUGAGGAAUAUCGUUACCCUCGACCCGGCUGGCCGGGACAUGGGAUACUGGAAAGUGAUGAUUGA